AGGUUGGUGUUUGUGUGUAUACUCCAUCUCCCCCUCCUCGUCGUUCAUUCAUGUCAAAUUCUGAUAAUCCUUCAUUUAUAGUACUUUGAAAACAAGAGGGUCGUUGUCAGGAUACAGAAAUGUUUAAAAGAAAAUUGGCAGCUUUAGACCAUCAUGCCCCGGACUCUGUGAACAUAAAUGAUGAAAAAGAGAUAAAGAAUCUUGUGUCUUGGCUGGAAAAUCAGAAAAUCCGCAGAUACAAGAUCGAGGACCGAGGCCUACUACAAGCUGAUGGACCAGAGUGGCAUACUAACUUUGAUAAAUAUUGCAAAGAUUUAGCAAGCCCAGUUGUUGAUGGUUCUAUGGCAGAAAAACUUGAAUGGCUUAUCGGGUAUGCUGUGAGCUUGGAGUAUGCUGAUGAUGUUGAAAAGUACAAAGGGCAAACAGCAGAAAAUGUUGGCAAGGCUACUCCAAAUGUACCUAAAAUAGAAUCUUCAAAUCCUCUAGACAAUAUGGACUUUGAGUCACCUGAUUUUAAGAAAGGCGUCAUAGCUUUGGCACAGAUUUUGAAUAUAACUCCUCAUCCAGAUCAUUUAAUCACCCUGAAGGCUGUUAGUAAAGUUGUCAGAGAGAGAUUGAGUCAAGAAGCUUUAGACAACCCUAACAACAUUGUUGUCAAGGGCAAACCAUUCCCCUUUCAAGAGGCUGACUUGGGCUUUGACAUGGGUGACUAUGUCUUGAACCAAGCUGCCAAAAUUUUACGUCUAUUGUACAUUCAUGAUUUAAGGGACCUCCAAACUAGCAUUAAUGAAACUAUUGUUGCUGUUCAAUCUAUCACAGCAGAUCCAAAGACUGACACUAAACUUGGUCAAGUAGGACGAUAGGUGAUAGCUAGUCAUUAACCCUCUUUUGUACAUUGCGCUCUUAUUUUCCCUUGCUUGUUUAUGUUUCUUUAGCUAAUUAGAAAAAUAAUAGUUUAAAUUCAUUGUAUUUUGUCACAUUGUAUUGUCAAGUAUUGGCAAAUUAACAAGAAACAAUGAACUUGCAUUUAACAAAAUGCAUAAUAAUAAUAUACAAUUAUAAAAAUCUACUUAUUUAAAUUUCUCUAGAGUAAAUA